AUGGCUAAGCUGGCUAUGCCGCCAUCAUAAGAGCUGCCUCACCAUUUAGAGAGGGGGCCUCGUAGUCCUCCUCAACGUCCACCAUGUCGUUCGCUGUACUGCGAGCUUCCUUCCGUAAGAGCGCUGCCCCCGCCAAUUUCGCCAGGCGCAGCGUAAAUACUCGAUUCAGAGUACCCGCUUUCAGGAGGUUCUCAACAGAGACUCCCCCACCACCACCGCCUGAGCCUCCGAAGAAGUCCAAUACAGCCCUCUAUGCCGGCCUCGGUGCCGCUGCUGUGGGAGGUGUCGCUUUCUGGAUCUACUAUUCCCAGUCGGACGCAGCGAGGACGGCUGGAACUGCCGUCAAGUCCGGUGUUCAGUCCGCGAAGGCUGCAACCAACUUCGUGCCUUCCAAGAACGACUACGUCAAGGUCUAUAAUAAGAUUGUGGAUAUCAUGGACUCGGCUUCAGACAAGGAAUAUGAUGACGGCUCCUACGGCCCUGUCCUUUUGCGACUCGCCUGGCACUCUUCUGGUACAUAUGACAAGGAAUCGAAGACGGGCGGCAGCAACUAUGCGACAAUGCGCUUCGAACCCGAAGCCCGUCACGAUGCCAAUGCCGGUUUGAACGUCGCUCGUGACGUGUUGGAAGAGGCCAAGAAGGAAUUCCCUUGGAUCUCAUACGGUGAUCUCUGGACUUUGGCUGGCGUCGCUGCUGUUCAAGAAAUGGGCGGUCCUCAUAUCCCUUGGAGACCUGGACGUAUAGAUGGUUUUGCUGCUCAAGCUACCCCAGAUGGCCGUUUACCCGACGCUACUCAAGGUGCCGACCACUUGCGCAACAUCUUUUACCGUAUGGGGUUCAAUGACCAAGAGAUCGUCGCACUCUCUGGCGCACACGCUCUUGGUCGGUGCCACCGUGAUAGAUCCGGCUUCGAAGGUCCCUGGACGUUCUCUCCUACCACUGUGACGAAUGAUUAUUUCCGGCUUUUGUUCGAUGAGUCUUGGGUUUGGAAGAAGUGGGAUGGUCCUAAGCAGCUGGAGGAUAAGAAGACCAGGAGUUUGAUGAUGUUACCAACCGAUUAUGUGUUGGUUCAGGAUAAGAGCUUCAAGAAGUACGCCAAGCUAUAUGCCGAUAAUCAAGACUUGUGGUUCAAGGACUUCUCCAAAGCUGUUGCCACGCUUUUCGAACUCGGCAUUCCUACUUCUCAAUUUGUCACUGCCGAGCCUUGGAUUAUGCCUACCCAGGAUGAACAGACGGAAUCUCAAGAGGCUGAGAAGAAGUAAUCUUAUUACUGCUUCCUCUCUACUCGUGCCGCCGAUCUACUAGAGGUUCCCGACUUCCUUUCUGUUGUCUUGAAUUUGUCGUGUGCUAGAGCGAUAGACCUUAUCGUACUGGUCAUCACAACUAAGUGUCUCUUAGAUGAGGUUACAUUACUUCAGUCUCUUUUCUUUUUUCCUAUGACUUGUUGAAAUUCUGGACUCGGUUUUCCUUCCUUUUUUUUUCUCCUUUCCUCUUUGUUUCUCUCUGUUUAUCAAAGUUUUGGAGUUGAUCUUCUGCUUUUAUCAUCUGCCUAUCUAAAAUUGUCAUUGCGUUGGUGCUUCUUGCUAGUGUUUUGUUUCUGUGUAACGUUACUGUCUUGUGUCGAAUAUUUUGUGUACAACAUGUUGAUCGUGGCGUAUGGCAUGUGAAACGAACCUUCCAUCUAAGUUUCGGCGGUAUCCAUAUUCUUCACAAUUUUGUCCAACGUCAACGUCGUUCAAUGGAAUACCAUCUACAGGACUUUCAGCGU